GCUACAAAUAAACAUCAUCUAAAUAAGCUGCACUCCACAGAAAUGCGCAUGCUACGCUGGUCAGCGGAUGUCACACUGCUAGACAAAAUCCGAAAUGAGUACAUAAGAGGAAGUUUUAAAGUGGCGCCCAUAACUGAAAAAUUGAAAGAAAAACGUCUGCGGUGGUUCGGCCACAUCCAACGCCGCCCAGACGAUCAUAUGAUUAAGCUUGCCCUAAAUAUGCCUACGACGAAACGUACACGUGGACGACCACCCGCCACAUGGUUGACGACGGUUCAAAAAGACCUGAAAAGUGCUCUUUUAUCACCAGACGAAGCGCAAGAUCGUGCUAAUUGGAGAACGAAAACGAGGAAGGCCGACCCCAAGUAAAUGGGAUAAGGUCAAGGACUGAAG